GAUUUCCGAUUAUAACAUAAAAAAUCGAAAAAUCGAUUAUUAUAUCCCUCAUAUUCUCUCAUGUAUUUAUUUUUUUCUGCAACACGAACGAACAAUUGAUGUGGAAAAUUAAAGUUUGAACUAUUUCUUACCGAUCUCCAAGACAGCAGGCAAGGAAGAAGACUAGUAGCAAUACGGUAAAAGCAAAGCAAUGUCGUCCCGUGUUCUAAAGAAAUUGCAAGGUGGCGAUGAGCUAAAACCUAAUGCUGACGAAGAAGAUGUUGAUAAUCUAUUGAGUAGUGGCGGCGAAGAUGAUCCAGAUUUGCAAACAGGCAAAGGAAAAACCAAUUUUUUCGAUUUGCUGAAUCAACAAAGUCUAUCGGAAAGUGAAGUGAAAGAAGACGACAAUGAGACCGAACAUGCUUCGGCGGCCACUAAUCUGGAAGCCGGACCGGCCGCUUCCAAAAAGAAAAAGAAGAAGCGCAAGAAGAAGUCCAAAUAUACGGGAAAUCAUAUAAGCAGCGAGGACAAUGAGCUCACCGACAAAUACAUCAGUGAUAUUGAUCCUUUGCUAAAUAAAGUGUCUGUUGCUACAACACAAAAUCCCAAAUUGGAAACGCCAAGGAUCGAAAUAGACAAAUCCCUAUUGGCAGUUGAAUUGAAAAAUCUUAAUCCCCAAAAUGAAAUGAGGCGUACGUUUGGCAAACGGGUGGUGAAAAUAGAAAACAAACGUGGCCGUCAAAAGUUGACUUUGAAAUCCACCUAUAUGGUGACAGCCAAAGAAUCCUGGCCUCCUGUGACCAAGAAUAUCAUUUCAAUGCGUCCAGCCCAAGUGCCAGAUAACGUUACCACCUCCAGUAGUCAGUUAUCACAUGGAGGAGCUAAAAUACAAUGGUUUGCUUUUGAGCACAGCCAAUACUAUCAAAGUGUGCAAAACUUAUUUUUGACCGCAUUGGAGAGAACCGAUUCGGAUUUCUUAAUAAAUCUUAUCAGGCGAUGCCCCUAUCAUGUGGACUCUUUAAUACAAUUGAGUGAAUUAUGCAAAAUGACUGAGGAUUUUUCAUUGGCCGCUGAACUCAUCGAAAGGGCCGUUUUGGUUUUAGAAUCAUCACUGCAUCCCAGUUUUAGUUUGACCAAUGGCAAUUGUCGCCUUGACUACAGGCGCCAAGAGAAUCGCUCGCUCUUUGUGGUGCUUUUCAAACAUGCCCAGUAUUUAGAGGCUCGUGCCUGUUGCCGUACCGCAUUCGAGAUUUCUAAAUUGAUAUUAAGCCUCAAUCCUGAUGUGGAUCCAUUGGCUAUGGUCUUGAUUAUAGACUAUUAUGCCAUACGUAGCAAACAACAAACUUGGCUAGUGAAAUUCUAUGAUGAAUAUAAUACUGUGCGUAAUCUAUCACAAUUGCCCAAUAUGGCAUAUUCGUAUGCAUUGGCUUUGUUCUUGAUGCAGGGUGAAAACGAAAAUGCCGAUAAAGCCUUGCAGUAUGCAUUGCUUAUGUUCCCGGGUGUGCUGAAGCCGUUGCUGGAUGAAUUAUCGGUUCAAACGGACAAAAGAGUUAUGGGCAAUUCUUACUUUAAUUCAGAAGUUUCAGGAAGUCAAUCACCUGCUCUUCAUCAAUUGGUUUCAUUGUAUAUUUGUCGCGCCAAGGUCAUUUGGCGUCAAAAUAACAUUCUGCCUUGGUUGGAACGCAAUGUCAAUGUAGCAUUGGAUCGCAUCGAAAGCAAGGAUGAGGUCAUACAAGAAUACAGCCAAAAGAGAGCUGCACGGUAUGUGCAACCACCAAGGCCAAUACUAAGGCAUGUUAUACUCUCCGAUUACAAGGAGAAGGUACCCUUGGCACCAUUUGUGGCAAAGGAGAAAGAAGCCAUAAUGAUGUAUGAUCCAUUGCCCCCACUUGAUUCUGUUAAUUUCUAUGAGAGAAAAUCAUCAUCCAGUAGCCCCACCACCGCCAAUAACCGCUCAGUGUCCAUGUUUUUCCAAUCACUAUUGCCGUCAUUUAAUCUACAAAAUGCCACCGCCGCCAAUGCUGCAAAUGCAGGCGAUCAACAGCAACAACAACAGCAGCAGCAGCAACAAGUUGUUGCUAAUGUUGAGCAAGCUGCCGCAAGAUUAGCCGCUCAAGUGCCCGCCGGAGCCAAUGAUGAAGUAGCAGAAGUUGAUCGUCAUUUGCAGGCCUUAAAUAUGAAUUUGGACAAUGCCGCGGGGGAAGGUGGAGCUGUUUUGAGACAAUCAUUUACCGAUAUUGUCCAUGCCAUGCGUGAAUUCAUUCAAAGUGUGCGUAGUGCAACCGAAAAUCUUCAACCAGGUGAAAAUGAUGAGAACGAUACUACCGAGGAAGAUACCACUGAUUAUUAUGAUUAAGAGCAAUGCCAUUGGCGGCAGUAAACUUUAUAUCACUCUGCCCUCCUUCAAAUAUAGUAAACGUGAACAUUUGAAACAUACCACGUUUACGGCUUUUAUGUCUAUUAUCAGAAUCAACGGAAAUCAAGGUCUUUAAAAGACUUACUUUUUUUAGAUAUAAUGAAUUUAUAUAUACAUAUAUCUAGUACUACCAACCUUUCCCCUCCUUGUUACUUCUUUUUCAUCCAACAAAUUUCUAUAUACGAAAAGAACAAAAGAAGAACCAAUUUAGUCAAAACCAAACAAAAACAAAAAAAAAAAACGAACACAAAUUAUCCUCAAAUGCAAACAACUUAAGUGUAGAACAAACUUAAAACAAAAAAUUUUUACUAAUUGCAAUCAAGCAUCAACAUAUUGAACAAGUUUGGAGAAAAUUUUCUAUUUUAAAUAGUUAAUUAAAAAACAACAAAAACAACAAGUAGAGAUCUUUAUAUAUACAUAUUAUUACUUAAAAUUGAAAUCUUUGUUAACUUUUAAUAAAAAAAAAAAAAAAGAGAUAAAUUUAUGGAAUAUUUUUUAAGAUUACAUACGCUUGUCUCCACAAAAAAAAACACACACAUACAAAAACCAUAAUGAAAUUCAAGAAGUUCAUUUGUAAAUUUUGCUCCUUAUUUUUCCCCUUUUUUGGUACUUUAGAAAUGAAAAUACUUAACAUGUUAUAAUCAUAAACCACAUGUAUUUGGUGUAUCUAAAGACAAUUUAAAUAAAAGAACUCAUAUGUACGCUUAAAGAAA